AUGAAAAUAGACAAAAAGUGCAAGUUCACUCUCCAUGAUAUUGUGUAUUUUGGUGAAUUCCACUUCACAUGCAGGUUCAUCAGUAAGAACAAAGAUGUAUAUUUCAACAAUGGUGCAGUUACUAGGUGUCAGUGCAUUCUUGAAGGUAACCUUGACAAUAUGGACCUAAAUAGUCUACUCACUUGUCAGGGGAAAACAGCAUCUCUAGCAUUAUAUAUGCAGUCUUUAUGA